CAACACUAGGGAUAACGGGACGGUUGCCUACAAUACCAACAGCACCAACAACCAAACGUAACCCGCCAGCCAAGUUAAACACUUUUACAACGCCAACAAAUAAUUCUUUCGAGUGAGUGCAGGCUGCUGAGCACGUUUGAUUGUAUGUGUGUGUGUCUAAGGGUUAGUGGGCGUAGGAGGGCUGGUGCGCAUUUGGGAGCGUUUUGGCGAGUGGAGGAGCAACAAAAUCAACAAUUCGUUGGCGCCGCCGACGACCUCGCCACCCAUCCCCAUCGUUGUCGUUGUAUAGUCGCUGAGUACCGACUAUAACGGUAUACUAUCACUGUGACGAUGUGGUGGCCACAUGUGGCAGUGUGUGUUGUGGCGGCCAUCAGCCAGCAACAGAAAAGCUAAACGUUAAGAGCCAAAGUGCCACAAACGGAUUUUCCGUAGGUAGAAGAGUAGACGCCAUUUUCUCCUCGUCGCUUGCGACGUACGGCCGUACUUACUGUCUAAGUGUGUCUCUGCAAAUGCGAGUAAGCUUUGGAGUGUAUGUACGUGUGUGCGUAAAUGUAAGGAAAAAUAUAUUUUAUUAACGGCAGUGGAGAAGAUUGCAGCGCCGCUGAAAGGAGGAACACACGGACGACACAGUGUGGCGGAACACUUUGUACUUUGGUUUUGGUAGUGUAAUGGCAAAAGUGACGGGUAACGGUAACGGCGUCGGAGUCCGAGACGCUACUGGAGUCUGAGUCUGAGGCGAGUCGUUGACGCUAGCAGUGCCAUAGAAAAACGCUUUUUGAGCCAAAGUGUGAGAAUUUGUUGUGCACAAAGUAAAAAAAAAAUCCAAUAAAAUAAAAAUAUAAAGGAGGAAAAAAAUACUGAUAAAGAAAUGCCAUUGGGUGGGACGCAACGCUGCUGGCGAGUGUGGUAACCUGCCGAACGGGCUUAAGUACUUGUAAAUAAAAGAUUUGUUUGCAUAUUUUUCACACUUCGUUGCCUAAGCGGAAUGAAGUAAAUUUUUAAGUGCGUACAAUUUCUGCAGCCGUCAAGGCAUAUGCAAGGGAAUUGCAGCGGAAUUAUUGAAGUGUGAAAUUCACAGGCGUGUGGAUGCAACGACAAGCAGCGAAAAUGUCUACGGCAAUGUUGUUUGUGGCGGCCCGUAUUUGUAGUAGUUGUAGCAGCAUUGCAGAGAGCGCAUUCUAUAAGCUAUGGCAACAUUAAUACCGUCCUCAAAUGUUGAGGCCGCUUAUGAAGAUAUGUUCAAAGAAAUCACAAGAAAAUUAUAUGGGGAAGAGACCGGAAAUGGUUUGCAUACAUUGGGCACACCGGUUGCGCAGGUGGCGACCACUGGGCCCACAGCACCCGAAGGCGAGCGUUCAUUCACGAAUUUGCAGAUCGAUCGCAGCGCUGCACCCACCAUCGAAUAUGACAACAAUGCCGCAAUGGCAGCUAAUGCAGCGGCCAAUGUAGUGGCAACAGCUGCUGGCGCGACAAAUGUUGUUAUCCAACAACAACCCGAAGGUUCUGUGGUGGUAGCAACAACAGGCGGUAAUUUCAAAUCGGAAGAUCACUUGAGUACGGCAUUUGGUCUGGCGGCGCUAAUGCAAAAUGGUUUUGCUACUACCACAAGCGGCGCCACUGGCACCGCUGGUACGGACCAACAACAGCAACAGCAGCAGCAACAACCACAACAACAGACACAAAUCGUACAGUGGACAACACCAACGGCAACAGGUGGUAAAUUACAAAGCUAUACGGCUGCCACUCAACAACAGCAACAGCAGCAGCAACAACAACAACAACAGCAGCAGCAGCAGCAACAACAGCUUCAGCAACAAGUUGGCACAUCUAAGUCAAAGUCCAAAAACCGCAACGACGCCACCACCGAAGUGAUCUACACUAGUCCCUCGACCUCCGGCAACACCAUGAAUUCCGGUCAGGCCCAACAACAGACCGCACCUACAUCAUCGUCGAAUGCUGGUGCGGCCACCAGUUCAAGUGGCGGCAGCAGUCGCAAGAAGUCCCACAACAACAACUCGUCGCAUAACAACCACCAAAAUGGCAACAAUGCCAACAAUAACAACGGCGGCGUACAAGUGCAAAAACGUUACGCUUGCACUCACUGUCCCUACUCCACCGAUCGACGAGAUCUCUACACUCGUCACGAGAACAUACACAAAGAGGAGAAGCCCUUUCAGUGUUUCGCUUGUCUGAAGCAAUUCAAUCGGGCCGAUCACGUGAAGAAGCAUUUCCUGCGCAUGCAUCGCGAAUUACAGUACGACAUAAAUAAGACGCGGCGUCACGUACCCUCGUCGAACACGGCCAACAGCGGCGGCGGCAAUCACCAUGCCGGCGGACGUGGCAACGUCACCAUAACAGCGGUAAAUACUCAACUCACAAACAAUACGAACAUCAGUUGUGGCUCACCCGAGCAAAAACCCAACAUCAUAUUCCAGGGCGCGAACGUACAACUGGACAAUGCAUUCCUGGAGACGCAACGACAGCCCACAUCAUCGAUCAUGAGCAUUGCGGAGACCAUUGAAGCGGUGGCAACGGCCGCUGAUGCGCCAUUACCACAACUCAAACAGGAGAAGCAAGAUGACAUUGUUGGUGGUAGUGGUGUCGGCGUUGGCAUCGGUGGCGGCAACAUUGACAAUGGUGGCAUUGUUGGUAACAGUGGCGCCCCCACUGGCAAUCUUAAGCCGAAACGUGAGAAACGAUUCACCUGCUGCUACUGUCCCUGGUCUGGCGCGGAUAAGUGGGGCUUGAAGCGUCAUCUGAAUACGCAUACAAAACCGUUUGUGUGCUUGCUGUGCGACUAUAAAGCCGCGCGCUCCGAACGCUUGGCCACGCAUGUGCUGAAGGUGCACAAUAAGCGCGCAUGCAACAAGUGCUCCUUCCUUGGCGACACGCAAGAGGAGUUUCAGGCGCACAUCAAUGAAGUGCAUCAUACAACUCAUAGUGGUGGCGGCGGCGGCGGUGGCUCAUCCACUUCCAGCAAUCAUGGCGGCAAUGUUGGUGGCGGUGGUUCGGUAACCAUUUAUACCACAACAACAACGAAUGAUAAUGGCAGCGGUAACAUAACCGGCGGUCCACUACAGGAAAUCAUUGUAAAUCCCACCUCGAUGGUGGGGUGGCGUUUGAGCGCCAAUGGUUCGCUAAUACCACCACACGAUCUACUAACGGGCGGCUUGCCCAAUGCGGCCGCACAAAAACGCGGCUCAGAACGUUUAUUUCAAUAUCUUGAGGCAGACGGAAGUGAUCCGGAAGACUAUGCGCGUUUACUUAAAAUGGACGCAAUCAGUCGCAACACCGCUUCAGUCGCUCAGGAUUUUCAUAAGGCGGGAGGCGUGCAAGAGUUGAAAAUUCCAGCUAAUCAUCAACUCCUGUUCAAUAAUAAACUGCCUUCACAAUGGACGACCAAAGAGGCUGCGGCGCUACUCCAUUCCCUAAGCAACAACAGCAACUUUGCCAACAACUAUCAGCAACAUCUGCAGCAGCAGCAGCAACAUCAGCGCAAUAAAUACCACCACCAGCACCACAACAACAGCAAUACCAACGGUCAUAUGCGUCAGCGACAACAUUCGACGGGUGAGGAUGAUGAGAACACACCCUCGUCUGCCUCAUCGACCACCUCAUCGAGUGAUGAUGGCGCUUCGCCGUUAAAAGGCAGUGUUCGGCAAUAUGCGACUGACUCAGCAGCAACAACAGCAGCAGCCAUGCAUCACAGCAAUGGCAAUGGCGGCAGCGGCAGCGGCAGCAGUUAUGGCAACAGUGAGCAGAGAAAGGCGAUGUCGGCAUUCUUGAGCGAAAAUUUCGAUCUGCAAGAAACAUCUGAAACUGUAAUGGAAAUGAUGGCAGCAGCAGCUACUAGCAACAACAACAAGCGCAAAUACCAGCAAUACCAACGGCUGGACAACGAUGAAGAUCAAGAAAAUCAACAGCAGCUUAUUAGAUCGCCUCCCGCGUACAACAAAGUCAUAAAUUACCACAACACCAACAACAACAACAACAACAACAGCCAACAUACGAAAACCAGAACGCUCAACCAACGUGCAACGAAUGCCGCGCACAACAACCGCGAACAUCGUCUUGAUCUGCCGCACAUUGAUCGCGACAACAAAGAGAACAACAAGCAGAAUGCUGCCACAUUCCUCACCACUAUGGAAUAUCAGAAUUUGAAUAAGGUUAGCACACAAAUACAAAAUUAUGUCAAGGAUAUCAUCAGUAAGUAUUAUGCGGAGACGCCGCUCAUGUAUCCGGCCAUGCCGACGGCUACCGAGACGCCACACGGCAGUCAACAGCCCGCGGAACUACAACUGUCACAGCAACAACAUCAGCAACCCUCACCAACGCGCCGCAAGCGCAUGCUUAGCGAGACAGAGGAGUACAUCGAAUAUUUGCGCAACAAAGAGGACAUCACGCUGACCAUCACACCCAAAGUGUCCGCCGCGCAUAAGCAGCGGCAUACCAGCGCCGUUUCGCACCUACACCAACAGCGACUAAGCCCCACGCACUCGACGCUGGCAGCAGCAACGCCGGCUGUGACACUAGCGCCCAUUGUUACGACCAUUCCACAGCAAAUACAGACAUCACAGCCACUACAACAACAGCCACAGCAACAGCCCAGCAAGCGCCGCAAAUCGCUAUCACAAAUAGCCACACUGUUGCCAUUGCUGGCGGAUGCGGCCUGUCAGCAGCAGUAUCUCACCGCGCCACUGGACUUUAGCAAGAAGCCUAUGCACGCCGCCAACGUGGCCGCGACAAUCAUGCCCACACCCACGCCAGCAGCGCCUACGACAUUUAACGCUUCGCCCACGCUCCCACCUACGCCUGCAACAGCAGUGGUGGCGCCCAUAGCAGCAAAGGUCUCUGUCAUACAAGCUGCACCCAUGCAAAAACAAAAACCACAACAACAACAAAGCGCCGCUGCGCCGACUGCUGCCGGUGGCGGUCAGAGCGCCCACGACAAGCGUUCGUCACGCAAACAGGCGCAACCAAAGAAAAUACGCGCGCCACCAGAGGUAAUAGUAGCCAUGUUGCGCGACAAAUACCUGAAUCGCAUGGUCGAUCAUAAGCUGAGUUGUCGUGCGUGUGCGCAAGACAAGCAGCGCGCCGCCGCGAUGCUCGUAUUCAACUAUCACACCAAGGGGUCAUUGGCGUUGCACAAAUACUGGAGGCAUCGGGUGGUGAAAACAAGCUGUCGCCAUUGCAAGCAAGCUUUCAAGCAGCGCAGUAGUUUGGUGGUUCACUGUUGGCGUGAGCAUCGUGACGUCAUGCAAAGCAAGGGGCGGAGGAGGAGUGUGAAAAUGGUAAAUGAAAAGAUAAAGAAGCAGCGAAAGAGGGGAAGUAAGAAACAGUCGAAGCAAGCGAAAAAAGCAAAAAAAGCGGCGUUGAAGGCGUAAAGUGGAGUAGGAGGAAGUAGUAGAAGUGUUAACAUAUGGACACACAUGCAUGUAAAAAUGCGAACUGUAAUGUGGGUGGAUUGCUUGGGCCAGCCCAAGUAGCUUGGAAUAAGUUAGUGGGCGCGUAAAUUGCAGUUACAAGUGGUGGGCGUGGGCUUUAAUAUGUGCAUUCAAUGUUUCAAUGCGCGUAAAACAAAAAUUAAUUUAGGCUUAACCAAAUUUUUUUUUUAAGAAUGAUUUUCAAUGUUAAAAAAAAAA